AUGGAGAAUACGGAGAUGGUGUGUUGGUGUGGUAAAAAUGCGAGAAUCCGAAUCUCGUGGACAAUUUCAAAUCCUAGGAGCAUUGGUGGUGUCAUGGAUGUUUAUUGCAAUGUUAUUCUUUGGAGGGAAUGGUGGAUCAGAUGGACUAAAGCUGAAGACUUUGGAAUUGCCAUGACAUGGGGUGUUUUAGGGAUGCACUGUGCUUUUGGUAUGGGAAGUACUGUGCUUGUGGUGUAA